CAGCAAGACUUCAACGAUACCUCAUCAGUCUAACCAAUCCAAUGAUUCUCAAAUCAAGAAAUCAACUAAACUGCUUCGCAAAUCGAUUUAAUCAAACUCGUCGACUCCAUUCAUCGACUUCGAAAAUGACAUCAACAAGCCCAAAAGAAUUAACCCAAUCAAUCGAAGAAUGGUUCAAAGCACCACGUUUCAAAGAAACCAAACGAACCUAUCCAGCUUCCUUGAUAGCAUCAAAACGUGGUGCACUACCCGUUCAUUCCAACAGUUAUGCAAACCUGAUGUCACGGAAACUGUUUGAUCAAUUAACAGAAGCAGAAAGAACCGGUCAACCAUUGCUUACAAUGGGAGCAUUAGAUCCAGUACAACAAUCACAAAUGUCAGAACAUCUACCAUUAGUUUAUGUUUCUGGAUGGGCGACUUCAAGUACAUUUGUAUCAGGUUCCAAUGAAGUAGGACCAGACCUAGCAGAUUAUCCUUAUACGACUGUACCGACUCAAGUGGCCAGAUUAGCAAAAGCUCAAAUGUUACAUGAUCGAAAGAAAUGGGACGAAGCAUACCAAUUAGGAAACGAAAAAAUCGAAACAAAUCAACUUAAACCGAUCAUAGCAGAUGGAGAUACAGGUCAUGGAGGAUUAUCAUCCGUCAUGAAAUUAGUCAAAUCAUUUGGAGAAUCAGGUGUAGCAGGAAUUCAUUUAGAAGAUCAGUUACAUGGAGGAAAGAAAUGCGGACACCAAGCCGGAAAGGUUUUAGUCCCUAUAUCAGAACAUUUAAGUAGACUUAGAGCCGCUAGACUUCAAUGGGAUAUUAUGGGACUAGAAAGCUUAUUGAUAGCUAGAACUGAUUCUGAAAGUUCUAAAUUGAUUAGUUCGGAUUAUGAUCCACGUGAUUUUAGGUUCAUACUUGGAAUUGAAAAUGGGGAUAAAAAAUCUUUGGUUGAGGAAAUUCUUGAAGCUGAAGAACGAGGUGCGGCUGGAGAGGAAAUUGAUGAGAUUGAAAAGAAAUGGUUAGAAGAUGUGGAAUUAGUGACUUUUGAUGAAGCUGUCGAACGAGUUUUCGAAAAGAACGGAUUACCCCCUUCAACAUACAAGUCCUACCUCAACAAAAUCCAAUCGCAAACAAACUCGCACACGAAUUCACUAAACAUAGCCCAAAGUUAUUUGCCUUCAAAUCCGAAAUUUCCACUACAGUGGAAUCCACAUUUACCAAGGACUCGAGAAGGUUAUUAUCGAUUUAAAGGAGGAUUGGAAGCAGCAUUAUAUCGAGCCAUUCAAUUUUCUCCAUUCUCUGAUUUGAUAUGGGUUGAAACGAAAAAACCAGACUUGAACCAAGCUAAAUUAAUUGCUAAACAUAUCAAAGAGCAAUUCCCCAACAAAUGGUUAGUUUAUAACCUUUCACCUUCGUUUAAUUGGUCUGAACAUGGAUUUUCAGAUCAUGAUUUAAAAUCAUUUGUAUGGGAACUUGGAAAAGUUGGCUUCAAUUUACAAUUAAUCUCCUUGGCAGGAUUGCAUUCCACUGCAACAAUGACCAAUCAAUUAGCUAAAAGUUUUCAAAAAGAUGGGAUGUUAGGUUACGUUAAUUUGAUACAAAGAAAAGAAAAAGAAAUCGGUUGUGAAGUUUUAAAACAUCAAAAAUGGAGUGGAUCUGAAUAUAUUGAUCGAAUUCUCAAUGCGGUUUCUGCUGGAUCUAGUUCUACUGCUGCUACUGGUUCUGAUUCAACUGAGAAGACUUUUUAAAUACGUGAUUGUAGAAAUAAUAUGAAUUUUCUUACCUUUAUUCACUUGCAAGUUGAUUUGUAAAUUAGAUUUCUAAUCAAGUUAUCAAGUUUUCAAUUCUUUUUGAUCGCCCUUUUUUCCAUGUAAUAGUUACACUCUUUUUGCAAGUCUAUCAAAUAAAUUACAACCU